AUGAAGGAAAACGUAUUAAUUAAUGAAAAUGUAAAGGCACAUGAAGAGAAAGGAAAUUUGAACGAUGAUAAAAGAGACGAACAUAUGAUAUCUUUAAGAGGAUUAAAUAUUUAUUACAAAGAUAAAUUAGAAAAUUUAAAUACUGUUAAAAAUAUUGAUAAUAAUAAGAAAUUUAUAAAAUUAGUUCUAGAAGAUGUCGAUUUAAAACCUGAAGAAAUUAUGAAACACAUUCUACAUCUCUUAAAAGAAAAAACAUGUUUACAUACUAUAUUAGAAAUUAAUAAACAAAAAUAUAAAAUAAAAUAUAAAGAAAUAAUACCAGAUGAUCAUAUUUUAUUUACUCAAAAUAUUCAAAAUAUUACUAAUUGUAAAUAUGCAUUGUUAGGUAUUUUAAAGGUUUCGAAAUACACAAAAAAAAAUACAUUCAAUGAAAAACUACUCCAGUCAUGGCAAGACGUGCCAAUGGAUUUUUAA